AUGAGAAGCCUCUUUUUCAGAGUCGCAAGUGCGAUCCUCGCACUGGCUGGCAUGACCACGGCCCAAUGUCCAGCAGAGUCCAUGACGUUCUCCCCCAUCCUCUAUGCAGGAGCAAGCCAAGUUCAAUUUACCUCUUGCGCGAGCGGAGCAGACAGUCCACGCGUCUUCCCCAUCAACGCGACCACCUUUGACUGGUGGUAUUUCGACGCCGUCUCGGAUGACGGCGAGCAGGCGCUCACUGUGAUCUUCUUCACCUCGUCGGCCCUGGGUUUCAGCUUCGAUCUCUUGAACACCGUCGACCCGCUGAACGUCUAUGUUUUUGCCAACACCGGCUCUGGAAAUCAACCAGUUUCGUUCCCGGUCGCUGCUACGUCGGUAACGGUUGACACCGUUGGCAAUGGUGCCUCGGGCAACUGGGUUGGCAGUGGUAUCAAGUUCGAAGGAGCCUCUGACUUGAGCACAUACACCGUCACUUUCGAACACACGCUGCUGAACACCGGAAUCUCUGGGACUUUCACUUUGACUACUCGCGGACCCGGACACUACGUUUGUGGGCCAUUGGAAGGCGGUCAGCCCGAAGAAGUACUCCCCCAUGUCGGAUGGGUUAACGUCAUGCCAGCUGCUUCUGCCAGUGUCGACGUAACUAUCCUGGGCACGCAGAUGCAGUUCUCUGGUAACGGCUAUCAUGACAAGAACUGGGGUGACGUCCCAUUCAUCACUGCGCUUAACAGCUGGUACUGGGGCCACGGCACAUUCGGCGACUACAACGUUGUCUUCUUCGACAUGAUCGAUCCCUCCAACAACGAGAAGGUUGGCGGCUACGUCUUGAAGGACGGUCAGGUCGUAGGCUCGACUUGCACCACCGGACUUCAAGUUCGACCAGUCGAUGCUCCUUAUCCACCGACCUUGACCGGCGCCAAUCCCACCCAGCUCACCAUCACCAUGACGCUCAACGACGGCAGCAUUCUGAACGCCACCGUGACCGAGUUGGCCACUCAGAUCGACGUCGGACUCUACACCAGGUGGAUCGGCACCAUUGAGGGAACCGUCAACGGAGUCACGUCCAGUGGCACCGCGUUAUGGGAACAAUUCAAGACCCAGUCAUGA